GCGGAGGCGGGAGCCGCGCAGCCCCGGGCCGGGGCGGGCGCCGCCGCCAGCGCCGCCGCGGAGGACUCGUCGGACAGCGAGCCGGAGCAGGAGCCGGGCUCGCCGCAGAAACUCAUCCGCAAAGUCUCUACGUCCGGGCAAAUCCGCCAGAAGACUAUCAUAAAAGAGGGGAUGCUGAUGAAACAGACCAGCUCCUUCCAGCGCUGGAAGAGACGAUAUUUUAAGCUGCGAGGACGAACUCUCUACUAUGCAAAAACUGCUAAGUCCAUUAUUUUUGAUGAGGUGGAUCUGACAGAUGCCAGUGUGGCAGAAUCCAGCACUAAGAACGUCAACAACAGCUUCACGAUUAUCACUCCGUGUCGGAAGCUUAUCCUUUGUGCUGAUAACAGAAAAGAGAUGGAAGAUUGGAUUGCAGCACUGAAGACUGUACAAAACCGUGAACAUUUUGAGUCUACCCAGUACAGCAUGGACCAUUUCUCAGGGAUGCAUAACUGGUAUGCCUGCUCACAUGCUCGGCCAACGUACUGCAACGUCUGUCGGGAGGCGUUGUCCGGAGUCACGUCACACGGGCUCUCAUGUGAGGUGUGCAAGUUUAAAGCCCACAAGCGGUGUGCUGUGCGGGCAACCAAUAAUUGCAAGUGGACAACUCUGGCCUCUAUUGGGAAGGAUAUAAUUGAGGAUGAAGAUGGGAUCUCGAUGCCACAUCAGUGGCUGGAAGGAAACCUGCCUGUGAGUGCCAAAUGCACUGUAUGUGAUAAGACCUGUGGCAGUGUCCUACGUUUGCAAGACUGGCGCUGCCUUUGGUGCAAAGCCAUGGUACACACAGCAUGUAAAGAGUUGUUGCCAAACAAGUGCCCUCUUGGACUGUGCAAAGUAUCUGUCAUUCCUCCUACUGCUCUGAACAGCAUCGAUUCAGAUGGUUUCUGGAAAGCUACUUGUCCCCCUUCUUGCACAAGCCCUUUGUUGGUCUUUGUCAACUCAAAAAGUGGAGACAACCAAGGUGUAAAAUUUCUACGAAGGUUCAAACAGCUACUGAAUCCAGCCCAGGUCUUUGACCUCAUGAAUGGAGGACCUCACCUUGGUUUGCGCUUAUUCCAGAAAUUCGACACUUUCCGGAUUCUAGUUUGCGGUGGGGAUGGAAGUGUUGGCUGGGUUCUCUCCGAAAUUGAUAGCCUCAAUCUUCACAAGCAGUGCCAGCUGGGAGUGCUGCCCUUGGGAACCGGGAAUGACCUUGCCCGUGUGUUAGGCUGGGGCUCUGCUUGUGAUGAUGACACCCAGCUCCCACAGAUCCUGGAGAAACUGGAGAGGGCCAGUACCAAAAUGCUGGACAGGUGGAGCAUCAUGGUGUAUGAAACCAAACUCCCGCGCCAGGCCUCCACUUCCACAGUCACCGAAGAUUUCAGUGAGGAUUCUGAGGUGCAGAAGAUUCUCUUCUAUGAAGACUCUGUGGCUGCUCAUUUGUCCAAAAUUUUGACUUCUGACCAACACUCAGUAGUCAUCUCCUCAGCCAAGGUGCUUUGUGAGACAGUGAAGGAUUUUGUGGCUCGAGUGGGGAAAGCCUAUGAGAAGGCAACAGAAAGCUCAGAGGAAUCAGAGGUCAUGGCCAGGAAGUGCUCUGUCCUGAAGGAGAAGCUGGAUUCAUUGCUGAAGGCACUGAAUGAUGAAUCUCAAGCAUCCUCAUCUCUGCCAAACCCUCCCCCUACCAUUGCAGAGGAAACUGAAGAUGGUGAUGGCUCAGGCAGUGCUUGUGAUUCUUCUAGUGACCAGUCGGUGGGCUCGUCAUGUACUGCACGGCCCCAGAUAUUUCGUCCCCGAGAACAGCUGAUGUUGAGAGCCAACAGCUUGAAAAAGGCCAUUCGUCAGAUCAUAGAGCAUGCAGAAAAAGCUGUAGAUGAGCAGAACGCCCAGACCCAGGAGCAAGAGGGCUUCCUCCUCGGUCUCUCAGCACCCGAAGAGGGCAAGGAGCUGCGGAAUGAGGACAAAAUCUCCCUGCAGUCAUCACACGGCGGCAGCUGUGGCGCUUCCAAAGGGAGGGGCCAGCGGAAAGCCUCCAAGUCUCCUUGUGAAAGACUAAUAAACAAAGGAAGUUUGUCGCUGGGCAGCUCUGCGUCUCUUCCUCCCCAGACAGGAAACCGGGACAACUUGCCAAUGCUCAACACAAAAAUCCUCUACCCAAAUAUCCGAGCUGGCAUGUCUGGUUCUUUGCCUGGGAGCUCUGUCAUCAGCCGAUUGUUGAUCCAUGCUGAUCCCUUUAACUCUGAGCCUGAAAAUCUUGAAUGUUACACAGAAAAGUGUGUCAUGAAUAAUUACUUUGGAAUUGGACUGGAUGCAAAGAUUUCUUUGGACUUCAACAACAAACGUGAUGAGCACCCAGAGAAAUGCAGAAGUCGUACAAAAAACAUGAUGUGGUACGGAGUAUUGGGGACCAAGGAGCUGCUACACAGAACAUAUAAAAACCUGGAGCAGAAAGUCUUGCUGGAGUGUGAUGGGAGGCCAAUCCCUCUGCCCAGUCUCCAGGGGAUUGCUGUGCUCAACAUUCCCAGCUAUGCAGGAGGCACCAACUUCUGGGGGGGAACCAAGGAAGAUGAUACAUUUACAGCCCCCUCCUUUGACGACAAGAUUUUGGAGGUGGUAGCAGUGUUUGGUAGCAUGCAGAUGGCUGUGUCACGAGUGAUAAAUCUACAGCAUCACCGGAUUGCACAGUGUCGGACAGUGAAGAUAGCAAUCCUGGGAGAAGAGGGUGUUCCUGUGCAGGUGGAUGGAGAAGCCUGGAUCCAGCCUCCUGGUUACAUUUGGAUUGUCCAUAAGAACAGAGCACAGACCCUCACCCGAGACAGGGCAUUUGAGAGCACCCUGAAGUCCUGGGAGGACAAACAGAAGUGUGAGUUGUCCCGACCCUCCUCUUUCUCUCUGCAACCAGAGAUCAUGUCUGAGGAAGAAUCCACCCAGAUCAACCAGUUUGGUCAAGCUGCAGGUUCCCUGAUCCACAGCAUUCGGGAAAUAGCUCAAUCCUAUCAGGACAUGGAACAGGAGCUAGCCCAUGCUGUCAAUGCCAGCUCCAAGUCUAUGGACAAAGUCUACGCUAAAUCCAAGUCUACAGAGGGUCUCAAUUGCAGCCUUGUUGUUGAGAUGGUGAAUAAUGUGAAAGCCCUGCAUAAUGAGACAGAGCUGCUGCUGGCGGGCAAGAUGGCACUGCAAUUAGAUCCUCCACAGAAGGAGCAGCUCCAAGCAGCCCUGGCAGACAUGGACCUCCAGCUGAGGAAACUGGCAGACAUCCCUUGGCUGUGGCAGCUGAUGGAGCCCUGCGAUGAGGAGAACCAGAUGCUGGAUUACUCUAAACGCAGCCGCAGUGGCAAAUUCCGGCUGGUGACGAAGUUUAAAAAGGAGAAGAACAACAAAAAUAAGGAGACUCAUAGUAGCCUGGGAUUGCCGGUUCACCUCUGGGGAACGGAGGAGGUUGCGGCCUGGCUUGAGCAUCUCAGUCUCUGUGAGUAUAAGGAUAUCUUCAUCCGGCAUGACGUCCGGGGCUCUGAGCUCCUGCACCUCGAACGGAGGGACCUCAAGGACCUGGGUGUGACCAAAGUGGGUCACAUGAAGAGGAUACUGCACGGGAUCAAGGAGUUGAGCCGGAGUACUCCUGCCAGCGAGGUUUAGCCGCUGUUUUCACAGCCUGUGUCUACCAUUCCCACUAACUGCACAGCAGUCACCUCACAGAGCAGAUGUGCUCACGACUGUCUCGGCUGAUCAGCUGCAGCUGUUCAGAGCUCGUAUCAACCCAGCAUGGUGCUACCUUUAUUCCUGUGGGGUAUGGCUGCAUCCAGUUGAGAGGCACCUUAUCUGCAGUCAGGCAGAGCCUCCUGGAGGAGAGCUCACUUGUUUGAAGAACCAUGUCUUCUGACGUGGGAAGGUCUGGUUCCAGUGACAGUGCAGGACUCCUGAGAAUUGCAACACAUCUACCUUUAAUGGAUAACUUCAUCACAGUAGAAUUAUUCAGGGCAAAAAGAUUAUUUGGCCAGUCCUAGUUCAGGAAGUAUCUGACAGUCUUUUCAGACCUAAAACUCUCCUGCUCAGUUGUGUGUCACACCUGUAUCUUGGUGUGAUACACCUGUAUGACCAUUUAAGUUAGACAAAGCUUGUCCUUGUGUCUUACUAAUCCCUUUUUAAUGCACCUGUAGUUGCAUGUGAUUUGCAUCAGAAGUUCAAAGCCAGAACAGACCUCUUGCCAGUGAAUGCCCAGUUGUUUUUCCUCACUUCUGUUUUGCAACAAACAAUGCAUCUGGUUCAAACAGCAGUUCACACCAGCUUGCAGGGUCUUCUGCUGAGCCUGGUGCUUCUCUUCCAGUGAUAAUGGCACAAUCUUGAGGCUUUCAGGCAUCACAAACAAAAAUUCCUGGCAGUAAGAAAAGAUGAAAGUCUGGAGAGCCGAAAGAUUACAAGCAAUCAGCUCUGACACUCCCCCUUCUGAAUCCAUCUUCAAGAGAUGAAGGGAGAGGACUCUAAACGAGCUGUUUGGGCUGUGUGUUAAGUGUAAUGUACUGGAGUAAGAUAUGGAACAAUUUGUUCCAUCUUGGUGGGCAGAGCAGCAUGACUGGCCAUGGCCAGGAGCAGCUUCUUGCCCAUUUGGUGCCACCUUCAUGGCCAGAGGCAACUGAGCUGUUUCUUUGCUUCAACUUGCAAUGCAGAAAACUAGUUCUGUCACAAAACAUGUUUUAUCUGUAGUACUUGUUUCUUUUACCUGUCUUGGUUCUAGUGGCUCUUCCACCUUGUUUCUCUCUCUUGCUGCCUUGCUCCUCCACACCAAUACAUUAGGGUGGCUCAGUCCUCCUGGGCUGUACCCCUGAGAGGGCAAUCAUGUGCUACCAAGCAUCAGGGCUUGUAAGAUCACUGAGAGAAGGAGGAUUGUUACUGAGCAGGUUGGUAAAUUGCCUUUGGUACCACCAGCAGUGGAGCAUGGAAAAAUCCAGUGCCUCUGAGUCAGACUUCCUAGAUGGCCUUCAAAUUUCCACUCUGUUGCCUGACCCCAGCUGGGUGACUGCUAAAGCCUGAAGACCAGUGUCCGUACUUAUAUUGCCACGUUCAUCACUGCGAAGGGAACACGGGAACAUCCAGUGCUGUAAAGCUGGAGAGACAGCAGGAAUUUUCAGUUACUUUGUCAUUUUGUAUGUAUUUAUUUUUUUAUUAUUACAGAGUGGCACGUGUCUGGCUAUGGCUGCUGGCAGAAAAAUGGCCACAUAUGCAGUGGCAUAAAAGAUAAUUUCCUGAGGAAAUUGUUGUUCUUGAUUAUUUUUAAGGAUUUUAUCAAAUAGACAUCAGCUCUCUAGUCUUAACAGCAAUCAAGUUAUUUCAUGUGAAAACUUGUCAGCUUUAAAUUAUUAUGGGCUGAUUUCAUGCUGGGCAAACUCCAUUGCAUUCUUUAAGAUUUCACCAAGGAUUAUUCCAACUCUUGUUGUUGUUCACCCACAUGCCUCCUCUCACUCUAGCAAGUAACAGGGACUCAUGAGAAAGUAACAGAAGACUAAAACGUGCCUGAUCAAGCUAACAAAAUUUUAAUCAUUAAUGCUGUGCGGACUGAGCAAGAAAGACAUUCAGCUUUGUCCUGAAUUUGUUUCUCCCAUCUGUGUGUUGGCAGUUGCUUCCAUAGCCAUAUUUUUUCUUUAUCAGUACCACUCCCCCUCACUGGGUUGAAUUCCUGAGGUAUCAGGUAAAUAAGCGUUGUAGACAUGCUGUAUUUUCCCACUUGCUUGUUGAGGCAGAGAACACCAUCUGCAUGAGCAUGAGGAGAGACCUUCCCUAAGUAGAGCUCCAGGAUGCAGCCAUCCUCACAGGUGACAGUAAGGUGCCUGUCCCCAGGAGUGUUCAUGGUUAGGAAGUCUGGGUGCCUGCCCAGGAGGGCGCAGCAGGGAGCACAACGGAGGUCAUAUCUCUGGAGAAUAGGUGAGAUCUCUGUUUGUUCAUGUACAUGGUGAAGGAGCUGAUCUUGCUGUGAACUUUCUCCAGGCAACCUCAUGGUUAAAGGUGCAUGAACAACAUGCACUUGUGUUGCAUAGUUACUGGGAUAUUAAAUUCUUGCCUCAAUAGAAACAGCUUCUCUCUAUUCCCCCUUUUCAG